GACAUUUAAAAUAUCAAGGUUUUUCAUUUUCACGUUUUUAUUGAUGCAACAGCAUGGGACCGCAUGGACAGAGUAUAGUUUAUUUGAAUUUAAAUGUUGUAAGUAAUCUGUUCUAAUUAAUUAAAUAAUAAUGUCGCACAGAUGUGAAAAUAAGAGGGUGGACGAAAUUACUUUUGAAAACACGCCAGUUGAGGUUACUGAAAAUGUGCAGUUAAAAAAUGUUUUAUUAAAACUUGAAUCUUUAUCAAGAGAAAACGAGCAAAAACUGUUCUUGAAAGAAGUUGUUGAAAUAUGCAUACCUAGUAACCAAGAAAAAAUAACUAAUGUGGCAAUCAAAUGUAUUUUACAUAUUUUUAUAAAAUAUAGUUCAAAAAGGUUUAUUAAAAAAUAUCUUCAAGAUAUCAUAAUUCAAAGAGAUAUAGUGGAUAUUAUAGUUACACGUGUAGCAGUGGAGAUUUUAGAAACCUUUAGAAUUGCAAAAAAAUGCAACAUUAAACUUUGUACUGAUUUAUGUAAUUUUGUAUGUAGUAUGCAGUUUACAACAUUCAACUGUGACCCUCUCAUUGAUAUCUUGUAUCCCCUAUAUUUUAAAGUUUACUGUGGAUUCAUAGAUCAAUUUAGGCCAGAUCGUACAUGUAUUUCCAAUCAAUCUGAAGAGCUGUUAACUUUAGUAAAUAUUGUUUUAAAACAGAUUCUAAUAGUGUUUGGUAAAAAUAUUCCAUAUUUGGAAACUAUAAAAGGAAGUUUUACUCUGAAUCUUAUUUUUUUAUCUCACACUUGUCUUAAAGAAGAAAGAAUUGGGUUUGAUGUAAAAACAAAGGCAGGAUUAAUUUUAGCGAAUGCAUUUAAUAUAACUCCAGAAGUGUAUUUGAAAAAAAUUAAACAUAAGCAAUGUGGUACGAUAGACCUCAUAGAAGAUUAUAAUAAAACCAAAAAAAUUAUUUUAUACGGUCAUGAUUUGACAGUUUUUAGUGAAAAUGAACAAAAAAUUAUUCUUUAUUCGUCAAUUAUAAAUGUAGUAUCGAAAGAAACGCUGUAUAAAAUGGAAGUUAAUGGAAAAAUUUUAAUAUGUGUUUUAUAUGAUGCACUCAUAGAGCAUGCUAAAAGAUGCACUAGUAUUUCCAAUUUAAUUAUUGAAAUAAGUAAAAAUCUGGUAAAUCUCAGUAAGCAAAUGAAAGAACUUCAUUUACUCCACAUGCAGCCACGUUUCAUACAAGGCAUAAUAUUUGCUUGGUCACAUAUUGACCAUUUUGUGGACGCUGUGAAACUUUACUCGAAAGCAUUUUUUGUAGAGUUGGUCAGUAUAGCUGCCGAUCAUCAAAAUAAAGGAUCCAAUGUUCUUUGUGAAAUAUUGAUGGAGAAUGUCAAACGAUUUGGUAGUAAACAAACAAUAAGGUUCAUUGCAUUGGAAUCUGUAGCUACGAAAAUAAGCUGCACAUAUUUGUUGGAACACUGUACAAAACUUGGUGAUGAGCUGUUGAAAGUCACUUCCGAUCCAAGUAUUUCAGAUGAGGCAGCUAAAGCUUACAUAACUAUAAUGGAGAAACAUUAUUCAGAAGUUGAUAACAACACCUGGAUGGAAACUUGGAUAACUCCACCAGCUACAUUGCUCACAAUGUGUGUACAUUGUGCAAAUAUAUGUGAAAACAUUAUUACGAAAGGUUUUCAGUUGCAUCCUGAAAUUUUACGUAAAAUAUUUCCUAAAAAUUACAUUGGAAAUCUUCAAGAGUGUGAAGUAUUAUUGAAAUGUCUUCGGACUGCUCGUCAAAAUAGUUUAGAGCUUGUAAUUGAAAGUCCGGAAAAUUAUAAUUUGUACUGGAGAGGUCUUAUAGAUAAAGAUAAAUUGGAAAGUUUCAUGAUACAUCAAGAGGAUGAGAUUCGAAUUACAGUAUUAGCGGUAAUAAUAGAAACCCAAAAGUCUACAGAAUUAUUUUUAAACUGGGAAUUAGAUUAUUUAAUAAAAUAUAUUCAUUACAAUAUAACCACACAAAUACCACAUAUCAGAAGACAAAUAAUUUCUUAUUACAAGAAAGCUUUAACAAGAUUCAACGCCGGAUUUGCCGUAUUAAGCAGAAAUCUUGGAAAUUUAGAAAAAAGAUUAGUGAUGGGUCAUAGGACACCGGAAGUAUUGAACACCAUAACGAUUUAUAGAGAAUUAAUUGACACUUAUAAAAAGUUCUUAGAUAUUUUUACAAAAUAUUUAAUUUCUAAUCUAACUUUUGAUUCUAAUUAUCCAAGAAGGGCCGUCAGUUUAGAAUUAUUAAUAACGAUUCAAAUAAAUCUCACUGCUGAUAAAUGGCAAUCGUUGUGGACGGAAGAUGACAUUAAAAAUUGUCACAGCAUUUUAUUUGAUUCCUAUGAAUCGAAUAAAAAAAUGGCAGCAAUACUCUUAAAGAAGCUACCAAUAAGUGCAAUUGGAUUUACCAAUGUCGAUUUCACCUUCAAUUAUAUGCAGCGAUGUUUUGAAUUCGCUUUAGCACUUAAACCGUCGAAAACUCUAUCGGCAGCUUACCUGUUACAAGUCUGUGCAACGUCGCCUUUCUUUUUCGAUAUAGUACAGACUGAAAACGAACGCAGAUACGACGAUAAUCCAAUAUUAGAGAUGUUGUUUGUGUUGACUGAUAAAUUAAUUCUGCAGAUUAGCACAAAUGCCGAUGUAAUCAACACGAGAGUCUCGAGUUAUGGAUUGCUUCUAAGUAUUCGACACAUCUUACAGACAAGAGAUAUGACGAAAAACAACAAAGAAUUUGCUGAUCUGUUCGAUAAUCUCGCCACGAUAUGUAUGAACUUAAAGGACUACGUAAUGCCGAUAGUUUGUAAUCCGUCUCCAGAAGGAUACUUACCAGAAGCUAGCGAAAUAAUAAAUGAAUCUGAUGAAUCCGUUAAAGCCCAAUCGGUUUUGGUUUAUGCAUGGAGGACAAUGAAAGAGAUGACACUUCUUUUAGCAGAAAUAAUACGACAGUCCAUCAAAUUCGAAGGGCAACUUACGAUGUUACCUGUCGACGUUAUCAUAAAGGUUGGAGAAUUUUUCCUUGACGUGUUCAUAGCUACAAAACAUAAAGGAGUUUUUGAACAAGCCUUCGUCGGAUUUAGUCAUAUUUGCGAUUCAUUGUGGGCGUCUUCUAAUUCUACAUUAAAUUGUCUUCCAAAGAAGUGGCUUGAAGAUACUUUAUUGCUUUGUACAGGAGAAACACCAUCUGAUAAAUUAUGUGCGACCAGAAGAAGUGCAGGACUUCCAUUUUUAAUUCUGGCGUUAAUUACUUCGGAACCAAUAAUCGAUAAAACUAGAUUUCACCAUUUCGUCAAAGGAUUAAUAAAAGUAACUAAUAAUCACGAAGAAUCUAAUAUCGAAUACAGGACACAUUGUAUGAACGUCUUAAGAGCUCUAUUCAGACAUACCAAACUAGGAGAAUUGGUGAUGGCAUAUAUUGCCGAAGUUGUCAUAGUUGCCAUUUCAGGUUUUCAGAGCGAUGCUUGGGGUGUAAGAAAUGCAGCAACAUUACUUUACGCUACACUGAUGACAAGAAUUUUUGGUGUCCUAAGAACUUCAGAUGGUGAAGAAAUAUCAGAAAAAAAUAAAUUGACAGUAAGAGUAUUCUUCAUGAGAUUUCCAGCUCUUUUCCAUUUUAUUUUGGAAACUCUGACAAUAGAAUGUACAAAAAAUGAUAGUUUAUUGUUACAUCCAGUGUUAUUGAUUUUAGGCCGGUUGUUUCCAUCGCAAUUUGAUGAUUUUAAUACACAGAUGGAACAAUAUGUACCACAUUUGAUUACAUGCCUGACAAACUCAGUCUAUCAAACUAGAGAUUUAGCAGCCUGGGCAACUAUAUCAUUCAUAUCAGCCGAUAGAACUGCUAAUCAUCUAAAUGCAAUGUUUGAUAAAUUGAGUGAACCGAAUGUAAUUGACAAUGAAGUGCAUGGUUGUCUUCUACAAGUUCUGUAUAUUAUCAAAUAUAAUUGUGAAGUGACUGAUUUACCUAUAAGUGAAUACCUUCAAAAAACUAUGAAAAUAUUAAAAUUAGUUGGAACAUCAUAUAGUCACUUGACGGCUUCCACGUAUAUGGAACUCAUCAUGGUUAUACUUAAAAAAUAUACGAAUUACGAAGACUUGGAAAUGUUAAAGAAUAUUGUCAGAAUUCUCUCGAAGCAGAUCACAUCGAAAGUAGUACCCAUAACGGCGAUGGGUAGAUAUUAUCAAAGGAGGAUGUCAUUACUUCUAUACAUUGUUAUAAACAAAUUUGAAGAAACUUCAUUGACGUAUUCAACAGCCGUCAAUCAAAUACUUUGUCAAAUUUAUGGAAGAGAUUUAGUAAUGAAAAUAUACAGUCUUAAUUUAUUUAUAUAUUUAAAUCAAUUACAAUCAGGUUUUAAGCACGCACUGUACCAAACAGAUGAAUUGCAGAUACCUAAAGAAAUCAUCGAACUGUGCGACAGCUUCGGCCGCCCAGCAGUCAUCAAACUUUUAACCCAAAGUCAUCAGUACGUGAAAUAUUUUUUAAAGGAAGAAAUAAAACACCAGCAUUAUAUAAGGGACGAAGAAAAAGUCCUUUUAUUUUUACUUCUUAAUUAUUAUCCUUGCGUCAUUCGGCGUUUGCAUUUGAGUAAUCAGGAAACGUUGAAUAUGUUCACGAGACUGUGCAACACCGAUAACGAAGAAUUAGUGAGCGCAGUGAUUACAUGCAUGAGUACGCUUCUAUUACAUUUGGACUACAGGGUGUUGAAAUAUGAAUCGUUGAUGCAGGUUUUGAUAGAAAGUGCUUCACCAGCUGCGAGUGAUUACAGAAGACUGGCUGUUUGUGAUUUUUUGUCUAAGAACUAUAUUUUAUAUUGCAACGAAGACAAUAUUCUGGAUGGUGAUGAUCUCCAAAUGAUGUUGAGUAUAGUAAUGGUUUUACUAGAGGAUGAUGAGCUGAUAGUCCGAAAUGCAAUGAGCGAAUUUGCUACAUGUCUAAAAGACAAAUUGUCUCGUGGUAGUGGUACUACCAAACAAACAAAAUCUGGUCAAAGAUGGGCGGUAAUACCAGAAAAGGCUAGAGAAGAUCUACUAACGUUAAGUUCCUUAAUACUUCCCAGAGAGAGGGCGAUAUGUUUUUUGUUUGGUUGGUCGUGUCGCUAUUUCCCCGAUCCUCUGGAUAACGAGACAUCUGAGGUACAGCUAUUUGAAAGGGGAGAACUGAAUACGUACGCAGAAAAUAACCCAUUCAUGGAAUACUGCAUUGUAGUUAUUAAUAGACUCCUAUGGAAUCUCGAAGACGGACUCUCCUACGAAGACAAGUCAAUAUUCAUAGAAGAACACACCCUACUGAUAACUACGAUUCUUCUAGAUGCCCUUACAAAAUAUCCAUCUCCGAUGAUGUUGUACAAAACCAAAUUAUCUGUGAUAUGUGCUUUAAAAUCCGCCAUUAAAUUUCUAGAACGGUUCGAUGUAAAUACAAAUUUUUUAGAUGAAUUUAGGACGUACAUGAAUGAUACCAUAUUUGAGUAUUUAACUAAACACGUUGUACACAACGAUUUGUUCAGUGUUAAAUGGGUUUUGAAGAGAAUUUAUGACCCUGUUUUGAAAACUAAUGUUUAAGUCUUCAAACAAACAAACCAGAUAUUGACCUUUAAUGUGAUUAUUUCAUUUUAUGGGUCCAAAAAGUUUUUCUUUAUAACCAUUUAAUCAAAAUUAUUGGCAAAAACUCAGUUAUUUCUGUUUGCUCUUGUAUUCAUAUUUAUUUUUGAAAAUUAACUGAUUAAAAAAAUGUUUCACAAAAAAUUAUGUAUCAAAAACUGGUACAUAUAUCCGCUUCUAAUUCAAUCAUUAAUAUUGGUCAAUCCUGGUCUAUCGAUGUUAAUAAAAAGUUGUAUAAAUUUCACGUUUUAAAUAUGUUGUGCAAAAUUGAGUGACUAAAAUAAUUAUUUAAAUACAAAGUUGAUCAUGAAUGGAAUAAAAAUAAUAACGUUUGUUGGAACAGCGAAGCCUUAUCUCUAUUUUUAUUUAUACUUUUGACGUGGAUUAUAUACUUUUUUAAGGAAA